AUGUAGCGUAAGGCGCGCGCACGCAUGCACGCGCACACACACAUGUGCUGGUCUGAAAGAAUGAGUGACGUUUGCUGGUUACGUUCCAUGCCGCGCGCGCUAACCUACCUACACAGUACGCAAGUAUGUUCCCUUGGAUUACCAUAAGGUUACCAUAGUUACCCAGGAGGCGUAACAUCACGGCGUGCUGUAGAGUCCAGCAGUGUGCAGGUUGUGACGGAGCUGCUGUUUCGUGCAACAUUUGCUGAAGUGUGACUUCACACCCUGCUUACAAGCAAAGGAAAGACAAGACGCUGACCUCUUCUUCUCCUACAAAACUAUACUGGAAAUUCCAGCAGCUGUUUUGGACUGUGACUGCCAAAUUGGAGAUAAGAACGAACACACACACACACACACACACACACACACACAACCUGAGACCUGCUGCACGAAAGUCUGUGAGAUUCCACGAACAAGGCCUCAGAGAUGGUGUGGAUGAGAGAGGUGUGAAAAGUAGAGGACGAGUGUGUAAGUCAGCCUGGGAUUGCUGUAUUGAAAUUCACGAUCCCCCCCCCCAUACCCCUUGGUGAGCCUAAAACUCAGAGCAAGCCAAGGAACUAGGUCAUGCUAGCUCAUGAAAGGGCUCUUUUUGGACAUUUUUAUUCUUGUCUGUUUUGAGAGUAUGACCCUGUGGUUGGUGUUACUGGGACAGACUGGUUACUGAAAGCCAAUAACACCAUGUCCUGGAAAAGGAACUACUUUGCGUCAGGCAGCAGUGGGCUGCAGGGCAUCUUUACCCCACGCACCAUGACCUCCAUCGCUCCCAGCAAAGGGCUCAGCAAUGAGCCAGGACAGAACAGCUGCUUCCUCAACAGCGCUCUGCAGGUCCUCUGGCACCUGGAUAUUUUCCGCAGAAGCUUCCGGCAGCUAACCACACACAAGUGCAUGGAGGACUCUUGCAUCUUCUGUGCUCUCAAGAGCAUCUUUGUGCAGUUUCAGUACAGCACAGAAAAGGUGUUACCCUCUGACGCUCUCCGUUCAGCUCUGGCCAAGACCUUUCAGGAUGAGCAGCGCUUCCAGCUGGGCAUCAUGGACGACGCUGCUGAGUGCUUUGAGAAUAUCCUCAUGCGCAUCCACUUUCACAUCGCUGAUGAGAGCAAGGAGGACAUCUGCACAGCCAAACACUGCAUUCCUCACCAGAAGUUUGCCAUGACGCUCUUUGAGCAGUGCGUGUGUGGGAGCUGUGGAGCGUCAUCAGAUCCUCUGCCCUUUGUUCAGAUGGUGCACUACAUCUCCACCACCUCUCUGUGUAACCAGGCUGUAAAGAUGUUGGAGUGCAGGGAGAAACCAACUCCUGACAUGUUUGGGGAACUGCUGAGAAACGCCAGCACGGUGGGAGACCUGCGCAACUGUCCUGGUAACUGUGGAGAGAAGCUGCGUAUUCGUCGUGUGCUCAUGAACUCUCCUGAGAUCAUCACCAUCGGCCUGGUGUGGGACUCGGAAAACUCGGACCUUGCCGAGGACGUCAUCCACAGUCUGGGCACCAUCCUGCGUCUCGGAGACCUCUUCUCCAGGGUGACGGAGGAGAAGGCCAGGCAGGCAGAGCUCUACCUAGUGGGCAUGGUGUGUUACUACGGCAAACACUAUUCCACCUUCUUCUUCCAGACCAAGAUCCGGAAAUGGAUGUAUUUCGAUGAUGCGCAUGUCAAAGAGAUUGGGCCAAAAUGGAGGGAUGUGGUGUCUCGUUGUAUAAAGGGUCAUUACCAGCCACUUCUGCUGCUCUACGCUGACCCCCGCGGCACACCCGUGUCUGUGCAGGACCUGACGUCUCGCUUGGACCUUCACCACUACACCAAAACCUACUACGAUAGCGAGGACUCUGGUCGUGAGCCAUCCAUCUCGAGCGACACACGAACAGACUCGUCCACAGACAGCUACAGCUAUAAACACUCACACCACGAGUCCAUGGCCUCACACUUCUCGUCGGACUCCCAGGGAACCAUCGUGUGCAACCCCGAAAGCGCUGCAUCGCACAGCAGUCUGGAUACAACAGGCCCUUUGACUGAUAGCGAACCUGCACAGCGCCACACGCCUAAAAAAAGUGGGAUCACAGAUAGGAAGAGUGGAGUCGUGGACAGGAAGAGGAGUGCCAGCCGACCCCGCCGAUCCGAUGAGAGAAGUCGAGCCUUGAAGACUGAUGAGGUCUCUUCUGCAGGAUACCACAGUGAGGGUGAGACCCUGAAAGAGCAACAGGUCCCUCGAGGCACUCCGAAACCCUGCUCAAGUCGUUUGCGGGACUUUAAGGACAGCAUGAGCAGCAUGAUCCUGAGCAGGCCGCUAUCUGCCGACAGCACCAGCAGUGAGUCCAAGUCCAGCUCCGGUGGAGGACGCUGCAGGCCAGCCUGGAAACCACGCCGAGACGCUCUCAACAUCGAUAGCAUCUUCGGCAGAGAGAGACGCAAACAGGCCGGCUACGCUCCAUUGGGCACCGUGCUGCCUGAGGAUACCAGCCAUCAGGGGGCACUGUCAGGCUCACUGGAUCAAGUGGGAUUUGGUGCCAGUUCUGCAUCUAGGACGCUACCAUCAACUCAGGGCAAGAGGAUGGAACCUCCUCGGCUCAUCCAGAGGAUGGAGAGUGGGUACGAAAGCAGUGAGAGGAACAGUAACAGUCCUGUGAGCCUGGACAUCCCCAUUCAUGAGGGAACUGUGAAUGGAUCACACAGUGUAAAGGACACAGGUUUGAUAAAGCCACCCUCUGGUGUCGGCCCCGCAUGGAAGAGUGUACAGAAGUCGAAAAGCAGCAGUUCCCUCCUGCAAGAUGUCAAAGCUUCCAUCAGAGGAAGCAGUCAAACGAGUUUAGCCUCAGGGGGCCGAAGCGAGCUGGAUGAGCUCCAGGAGGAGGUGGCACGCAGGGCAAGAGAGCAAGAGCUGCAGAGGAGGAAGGAGAAAGAGAAAGAAGCAGCCAUGGGCUUCAACCCCAAACCCAGCAAGUUCAUGGACCUGGAUGAGCUGCAGAAUCAAGGUAAAGGGGACGGCUUUGAGCGAUGUGUGCUGGAUGCUGAAGCUCUGUUAGAUCAGUCUCUGAGACUGGAACAGGCAGGCGAGGUCGCUGCCGCACUUUCUGUGGUAAAUGAAGCCAUGUCCAAACUCAGGCAUGCCAUGCAUGAGGGCAGUGCUAACGGGCAGGGCAGGACAGUGGCUGAGGCCCGACUGCAAAAGUGUAUGAGGAGGGCACGAGGCCUGCAGCAGCGCAUGCAGCAGCAGGAGAAACAGCAGCAGCAGAAGAAGCAAGAGGAGAAGGAGGAGAGGGAGGAAGAGCAGGAGCAGAAGCUGCCCAUCAGUGAACAGCCUGUCAAGAUCCAAAUACUUCUGACAGAUGCUCAAGAGGAGGUUGUGGAUGCGCUCUCAGAAGCUUCCUUAGGCCCGCCAUUAUCAUCUCCCAUCAUGCCCCAUUCCCCUGCUCCAUCCACUCCGGAUCUCUCCCACUCCUACUUCAGAGAGAGCCCCGAACGUCCUUCAUCCGUCGAUAACAGACAACAUCAUCGCUCUCACUCAGACUCACAGGAGCGUUCCCCUGCCUCUGCCCGCACAACCUGUAAACCCAAUGCUAAUGUAAACGCCGCUCCCCGGAUGCCUUUGCCAGCCAGCGACAGACCUGAAGCUCACACACAUGGGCACAAUCGUCAACCCCCUGUGUCCCGGAGCUUCAGUGUCCCUCGCUCUUCUUCUUCCUCUGAUCACUACAGCUUAGAGGAGAAGCCACAGAUGCUCCACUCACAACAGUCAUCGCUCUUCCACUCUCCAUCAUCACAGCGCCCUGAUCCCUUUCCACCGACACAGAAUCCCAUGUCCUCUUCCCCUUUAACCCCCUGCCUCAUGCCACGCUCCACCUCACCGGCCAGGCCCAUGCCUGUCGAGCGUUGGGCUGAAAACGUCACCAGAUACUACAAUUCCCAGAAUGCUUUGCAGCCAUGUGGCUCGCCCUGUGAAGAGUUGUCUGAACUCGACUCGCUCUACAGAGCCAGCUUGCGGGCUCCCAGCAAACCACGAGGCUCUUGUGGGCCCAGUCCGCACCCCACCGGGAGACAAGGUCCUGCUGCAGCACGCAGACUCGCAUCUGGACACUCGGGCUCGCUCAGCCGCUCCAAAACACCCACUGCUGAGAUCGAGAGGAGUGCCUACAGGACACCAGAAUACAUCAGCACUCCUGCACACAGACCUGUUACGCCGACGGUGUGUGACGUUCCAGUAGGUGAGGAUCAGAUGUACAGUGCUGAGAACCUGCGUCGCAUCGCUCGCAGUCUGAGUGGCACCGUCAUCCGAGGACGAGCCGAAAACCUUGUUCCUUCUCGCAGCUUUGACUCUCCUGGUUCGAGAAUUACUAAACAUGCGGACCCUCGAUUGAACCCACGCCACUCCAGCACCUCCCUGCAUGCUGCUCCUGUUACCCACAAUCCUUCAGUUUUUACCCACCACCCUGAGCACCAGUACCAACACCCACCUCAGCAGCAAACUCCACCUCUGUUGCAGCGACCCACUCGGGGACACCCAGUGUCUGCAGGAGAUCCCCAAAAGGUCGACAGGUUUCUGGCUGUCCUUGACCGGGGUGAAGCUCUUGCCCACAACAGCUCCCACAGCGUGGCGAUGAGCUACGGCACUCUUCCUCGGGCGCCCCGAAGAACAGCUCCUCCUGUGCCAUCCAUGCCUCAGACCAGAGUUGGACUCGCUGCUCGCCCUGAGGCCUGGAACUACACAGAUCCCCACUACGCCACCCUGGCUCACUCGGGCCGCUCGAUGCCUGCUAGCAGACCUGUGGACAUUUCUCAACAGCAACCUCAACGUGCCAGCUUACCCAGACAGCCGCCAUUUGUGCCCACUGCUCAGCCCACACGUAUGGAUAUGCCACCAGAGGGAGACUGGAGGACUGCUCCUUACAGAACGGGUCACCCGGAUGGCCAGGAGUUCAGAACCAGACGUGGUUCCCACAUGCAGCUCUGUUCCUUGUGCCAGCAGUCUCCAGCUGAGCCCAUGGGCAACUACUGCCAGGCCUGCAUUGCUUAUAGAAAUCGCUACAGGCAAGCCAACUAAGCAAAGUGGUGCACCACUUCAGUGAAAUGCCAGCUUCAUGUACAUGAUCACUUCCCAUACAUACAUAUAUACAUGCAUCUCCAUGGGGAUGAGUGAGAAUGAAGGAGAAUCAUACACCAGCUCACUUCCUUUGUUCACUUACUACAUUUCUCUCCUUCAGCGUGCCCUGUUGAUUGAGUCCUACUUUUACACACGUGCUUUGUUUUGUUUGUUUUUUUUCUGAUGAAGAAUGGCCUAUAACUGAAGGUGUGAUGCUUCACCUCUGCACUGUGUGUGUCAUGCCGGCUGAAGACUGUUUUAGACUCUCGAUUUAGAUUUCUUCUUUUCUUUUUUUUGCCUUUACACAAUGGGAAGGACUUAAUCCAUUCCUUGAAUGGCCUGCCAAUGUGAUUGGUAUUUAAACAGUGUUUUGGUAAGAGGGCAUUUUUUUUUUUAAUGAGGACACGAAGCACAAAUUCAAGACGAGACUGAGACAGAGCUUACUAUUUUUGGAUUCCUGAACCACAGGCCUGGAUUAUACAACUGAGAGCUCCUCAUUUUAUUCUAGUUUUCUGAAUAUUUCCUUGUGUACUAGAAUAAUCGGAGUGAAGUAACUUAUAAGAAAAUGUUUAGAAACCAUUGUGAAACGUGAAUUAAUAGCUAGCAGUGGAGUAGAAACGUUGCACUGUGAUGAGAAGUCUAGAGAGAACAUUUUCAUUUGCUUUCUGUUCUCAUUUCAUGACAUGUCAAGUGGCUCCCUGAGAAGCUCUCGUAUAUUAUUAGACGGUCUAUUUCAGUGGGAAAAAACCCACAAACUCUUGUCAGAUGAAUUAUUAUGUAAGGGUUUUGCAGAGAAAGGCAUUAUAAAGAAUUUUAGAUUGAAAUAAAUCUGAAAUAUCAGUGUUAAAGUCACAAACAUGCCAGGUACAGCAGUUCAUGAUAACACCUGAAACUUUUUUUUUUGCUCAGCACUAAUGCUGACGAAGCGUUCGGGUUUGUUAAAGGUAAAACAUAUCCAUUACUAUCUUAAAGAUUUACACUGCGUCUGGCAGGCAGGUGAUUAUUAUUUUUUUAAAACUCUGCAAUGUAACCAAAACUGUGAAGUGAGCUAAGAAUUUUGCAUCGUUUAGAAAACCUAAUGCACAAAGCUGUACCUUAAAGUGAAUGUAAUGUCCCUAAACCCAACUUUUUUUCUUUGUACAAAGCAACAAUUAUGUUGAUUGACCAUAUGUUUUUGAACAAUAGCUGAUCCAAAAGGCCAUAAAUUAAUGGAAAAUUAAUAAAAUCAGCCGAUUUUCACAGAAUCUGCCGAGACUGAACCGGAAGAUCCCGAGGGGGUGCAUGACGUCACGUGUAACAAUCCGGGUAUCAAUUUCGUUCCCGUGCGCAGCAGUGGUUAGACCAGUCUCAAUAUGGAAUCACGUUUUGGACAGAAUUCUGAUAGUGAUUGGGAUUCUUAUAUGUCGGAUGAAGGGGCAAAUGAUUAUCAAGGAUAUUCCGGAGUAAAUGGUUCUCUUUUCGAGCCCCCGAGAUGAGAAACAGAUGCCAGUUCACGACAGUCCCGCUCACUGCCGAUAGCGCACCACCAGCCAGAGAGAACUGGAAACACAGAUUGGUUUGUGGAUUUUUAUUCUAAGCUGGCUGCUGCAAAAUAUAGGGAAAUACAUGUACCUCAAUAAAUGCAGAAAUAUAAUCUUUAAAACGUUCACUUAUUCAGUGUAAUUAUUUAAAGAAAAUAUGAAGUGGGCGAUAAUAGGGGAAUCAACGAACUGUCUAAAUGUUAGAUCAAAUGUCAUUUAUUAAAUAAAUGGGUCUCCUUUUUGCUUCAAUAAUUCCCAUGUGGUCGUUCUGGUGGUGGUGAACACCUUGAUGAAUCAGAUUUAUUAUUAGGAGACGACACGAAAUCUGUCCGCUUCGUUUGCACAAACCUCACCCUUUAGAUUAGUGUCAUUUCUCGGAAAUUCGUGAACUGAAUGUCCUGUUGUAUAUGGAUUUGAACAUCCAAACACAACGCAGGACUUUCCUAUCGUCAUUUUUGUAAGAUUCCAACAAUAUCCAAUUUCAGCGAGUAAACAAGCACGGAGUCAGAUGAACCGAAAUGAUCCAGAUAACCGGGGUUCCACGCGUGACGUCAUGCGAGAUUAGCCCUGAGGCAAGGCUGCCUUUUUCCGGGAUCCAGAUGCCGUGAUUUAUUGAUAGUUUUGUGCUUGAUGAUAAAAUAACAAAUAAUAUUAUUUUCCCCCCUGCUUUAUUAAUUCAUUUUGGUCGUUACUAAUGAUAUAUAUUCAUUGUAAGCAUAACAGUGAGGCAUUACAUACACUUUAAUCACAGGCCAAUUUACUUCCGGCAGCAUCACAACAUUCAGCCAGAUGCUGCUACUGAUUAAUUCAGUAUUUAAGAUUUAAUUAUUUAAUCAUUUAGAUUUAGUCCAUUUUUGCAACUGCAUGGUUUAAAUAACUUCAGCUGAAGAAGUGUAUUUCGAGCCCUCUGCUGCAAGAGAGGUCGACCUACCCCACUUCCCUUUCUCCCCGCUGACCCCGCCCCCUUUAUUGAAACUACACAUGCCUUGUAAAUUGCCUUUAAAGGAAAAUGGACAGAGCUGGGCAGGGGUGGGUUUCCCGAAAGCCUCUGUACACGAAGAGCAUCUUAACUAGGAGAGAGCGCGUUCAUUGUGUUGCUCGCUCUACCAUUUAAUGAUGAUAUUUGUGCUGCGAUGUUUUUGGGAAACUCAGGCCAGUUCUGUUCCAACUGCAUCAAAUUUUUUUUUUAAAAAGACCAAACUCUGCAACAAAGAAACUAGCUCAGUCAAUCACACUAUAAUUUCAGAAAUUAUCAUUUUUUUAAGGUACCUUUUGAAAUUAUAGGUCAGGAGAGACCCUUAAAUAUCAUAAACUGCACCUUUAAACAUUUCAGAGGUUUAAGUACAUCCGUCAGACCUAGAAAUGUACAUUUCUCAUUUGGAAUGGAUGGUGUGUGUGUGUGUGUGUGUGUGUGUGUGUGUGUGUGUGUGUGUGUGUGUGUGUGUGUUUUGAUACGUGAUCAAAAUAUCCAAUCUACAAAAUAUAUUUAAAGCAGGUAUUGCGAAAUAAUUGUACAGCUGAUUUUGAUGCAAUACAAUAUGACUUGGUGUGCAGUUUGAUUAUAACUAUAAAGUUGCAUUGAAGUCAGGAGGGACAGAAAUUCGUUUCAUUGCUAUUUUAAUACAACAGUAUUGAAAAGGAGAUGCGCACGUGCUAUCAGAUUUCACUGAUCUAUAGAUCUAUAGAUGCCUGUAUUGAUUCAUCUCAAGUUAUGCUUGAUACACACACAGUUUUGAGUCGGUGCAAUGAAUCUUUACAACAUUACACUAAAUGUGUGGUGGUCUGGAGAAACCAAUCAGAUGGGACUGUAUGCAGUGUUUCCCUUAAAUUUACUGGUUUUGUGUGUGUGUGUGUGUGUGUAGGUGCUGGAUGAGGAUGGUCACAUGCAGGACCCCUCCCUGCGCUCUGAGCAAACAGUUAAAGGAGUCACAUUUAAAGCUAGACGGCCUUUCGAUUUCAUAAAAUCAGUGAAAUUUAGUUUCCUCUGAAAUUUGGUCAUUGUGAUAUUUGUUUAUUUCUGCAAUAUCUCACAAAAUAUCAGGCCAUUCUGUGGCUGGGAAAUUAUUUAAUUUGAGGGGAUUCCUGAGCAAAUAAUGUGCAUGAAAUCACUCACUUCGCGCAGUCAAGCAGACAGAGGAAGUCCAUGUGCACAUGCGCAGGUUUACCUUUGACCAUGCACUGACCUGACAGUUCCAUCAUUCUGUUGCUAAACGAACAGCUGAUCACACCGAGGUGCUUGCUGACCGUCGAUAUUCAUUAGUUUGGUCCUGCGUUUCCUUUCUUUCGCAACAUAACGUCUUUUUUUUCUCGCUUCACGUUACUGUAAUCGGCCUUUCACGUUUCAUUCGCACGCUCACGUCCUCCGUUUUUCUCUCCUGUUUCAAAUUUGUAUCCCACAAUGCCUUGCGUGAAUGGGGAAAGCCCACCACGUGAUGCAUGACGACGUAUCUUGUAUUGGGUCAUGGUGAAGCAGGAAAAAAUGGAGAAUUUAGGGCCAUGUGGCCCUAAAUUCAUUAAUUGUUCUAUUUUUAAAAAAUUAAUAAAAUUGGAAGCCUGUGAUUCGAAUUCAGUAGCUCUUGGUCCACUAAACAAAACAUAACUGGGUGUCGGGGAAAAUUCUUUUUAUGACCUAAACAUGAAAAAUCUGAAAAGCAGUCUACCUUUUAAAAUAAGUUUUCAUAUUUAUUUUAGAACAGUAAUUGGAAUAAUUUUUACAAUAGAACCACACAAUCAAAGGGGGGUGUGGGGGAGCACUUUCCCAGUAUAAUUGUAGGGGAAACACUGGUAUGAGGAAAUCGCACACAACUAGUAAGCUUUUAGACAUCUUUUGGUAGGCUUUUUUUUUUAACAUUACUAGUUGUGUGAGUUUCCUCAUACAGCGAAUGUCAAGAUUUGAUCAAGUUAUUGUUGAGUUACGUGCCGUAGCAAAGCAGACAUAAGCCUCGUCAAUUUGUUUAAAAAUCAGAUCCUGGGGCGUCGUGGCUCAGGUGGCUAAGGUGCCAUACCAUAAAUCCGGGGACCCGGGUUUGAUUCCGACCUGAGGUCAUUUCCUGAUCCCUCCCCGUCUCUCUCUCCCACUCAUUUCCUGUCCUGUCUCUACACUGUCCUAUCCAAUAAAGGUGAAAAAAAGCCCCCCCAAAAAAUCAGAUCCUCAUUAUUAAAAGAUCCCUGAUGCUCCUACGCUGAGGGAAUGAAAAUUUUAAAUAUAGUUUUCUUUUCGCAAAUGUUAAUCUCGCCCUAAGUUUACUUGUGACUGGAAUAUGUGCAAAAGUCUCCAGAACUGUCAUCAUGUGAAGUGUGUUUUCUCCAGGCCACCACACAGAUAUUAUUCCAUCCAACUCAGUAUUUUAUGUCCUAUAUUGCACUGAACAGGCAUGUUGUGCUGGAUUUAGUGAGCCGUAAGCACUGAACGACUGCUUUAACAGUUUUACAGUGAUGCUUACAAACUGUGCAGCUUGAGUUGCUACAAAAUGUAUAUGCAAUGUCUCAAGGCCUUUGUUCCUAUAACUUAAUGCCGUAUCCUAGCCUGAGUUUUGUGAUGUUGCUUAACUAUGUUAACACUGGUUUAGUGCACUUCACAAGUGUUAAGUUAGAAAGUAACUCUGUUGUAACGUACAUUUCCCAUAAUUCUGGGGUAUUUCAAUGUUUAUAUGUGUAACUGCAUAAUGGAUAGAUCUAUAUCUUAAAUUUUAGUCAUAUAGUUUUCUAUGCUGUACUGAUACUGAAAUGUAAGUACUGACCUCUAAAUGUGUAAUUAUACACUUAUAAGGCUGUGGAAAUGGAACGGACACUUUCUCUCAUCGCAGUCAGUGGGACAUGAGAGCACGCACGCACACACACACACACACACACACACACACACACACACACUCUAUCAGCCUGGGAGUCCUGUUCGAUUUGCCACCAGAACCUACCUUUAUAUAGUUUUGCAGUCGCUAUUAAACUUAAUUCCACACUCUUGCACAGUACAGGUUUAGUUCAUGAACAUAAUCCUACUAUUCAAAUAUUCAGUUCAUUAUUAAUUAUGUACAGUAAUAUUCUGAACGUUUUUAGAGCCUUUAAUGACUGGACCUUCCACUGACAGAAUAGAUUAGCUGACGUUCAAGCUGACAUUGUUUAUAGGCCAACUUGUGGUGUAGUGUUUUUGGCUUAUAGACCUCUUUUGGGGUGUGUGUGUGUGUGUGUGUGUGUGUGUGUGUUUGAUGCGUGCACAAACUGGUUGCAAAAAAAAAAAGACCCGAGUAGAUUAGCAAUCUGAUGCUACUUUGAUAUUCUUCUUCACUAUAAUCUGAAUGAAAACUCGAUCAAGAAUUUUACAGGAAUCCGAUCAGCAUUAGCUAAAAUGUUAGCACUAAAAGAUGGGGAGAGCUAUACGGCUAAAGUAGCAUUUUCAAAACGUUCACUCUAGAAGGUCUUUAUGGCUUGGCUCUGUGUAAAUUGGGGAAGCCAUGGCCUAAUGGUUAGGGAAGCAGACCAUUUGGGACCAAAAGGUUGCUGGUUUGAUUCCCUAGACCAGCAGGAAUGACUGAAGUGCCUUUGAGCAAGGCACCUAACCCCGAACUGCUCCCUUGGGCUUGUUGUAUGUCGCUCUGGAUAAGAGUGUCUGCUGAAUGCCUGUAAUGUAAUGAAAUGAUGCUAAGCGGUGAUUGAGUGUGCAGUGGCUGGAUAUACUGUAUAUACAUAUCUACAAGUCUCAUAGAAACUCUGAGCAUUUAUAUAAGAGACAAAUGAAUGGAAGCACGCGAGUCUCCUGGUGUUUACAACUUUGUUGUUUGUGAUUGAGGAUGUUGUGGCACUGAAAGCCAUAGUGCUGUCCAGCCAGGCCAUAAACCAAACAAAGUCAGCUCGCUAAAGGUUAGCGACUCCUCAGUAAGAACACAACCUCGGUGUCUUGCAUUGGGGGGGUGGGGGAUGUGUUUAAGAACACUUUUCCAAUUCUGACACCCAGCAGCACGACACAGCAUUUUUAUAAAACAAAUUCUGGCUUGCUCUUAAUACUCACAACAUUCUCCUGCUAUGUUUUUGCAAUCAGGACGCAUGGCUGACGCCAGUGACACGUCUCACUCAGGGGUCUACUGAUGUGUGGAUUAUACACAGUUAAAGUAUUACAGCUUUUGUAAAGGUGGGUUGUGAUUUGCACCUCAGCAGCAGCAACAACAACAACAACCCUGGCUAUGUUUCACAUAACCCACUUUGAGAACUACUGGUUUAUAGAAAUGUGUUUUAUGCAGUUUGUGUUCUGAAGGUGUAAAUGUGGACGUUUUCUAAAAAGGUAAAGAGUCUGAGAGAAAAUGCUGGAUUCUUCUCACUAAAUUUGUCGUCAUUACAAUGACCUCAGUAACUGCAUUUACAUGUUCAGUAAAGAUUUGAAAGCAUUAUGAAUAUAAUUGAAUUUUAAAAAUUGUCUAGUUUUUCCUCUGUUACAGUUUAAAAACAAAAGAAAUCUAAUUUUGUUGUCCGGAGGUGAGUAUUUUUGCAUUGCUCUUGCUAUUUUUGACCCUUUGUUGGGCCAAGAAGUUUAACAUGAAGUAGAGUUUUGCCAGAUGGAUUGGAUACAGUACUGUAUGCAGUAAUCAGCUGUCUGUUCCCUUUCCUCUUAUUUUUUAUGGAAAUUAAGUGAAACAGACAGCAGCAAAGUGACCCAUGUAAAUAUAUUAUGUAUAUACAGAUAUUCAGUCUUGAACAUGGAGAAUUCUAGUUUGAACCUUGUUUGUAAAUGCUGUGGUAGAAAAUGGAACUGGUAUUUUUGCAAUAAAGCGAUCUUGUGCUCUAGUGAGGAGCGAAACAGAAA